GGGGCCGCGCCGCGCCCGGGGAUUUUUUGGGGGGGAUUUUUGGGGGGAAUUUCGGGGAUUUUGGGGAAAUUUGGGGGGGUCCCGGGGCCAAUGGCGGGGGAGGACGUGACAAGCGUGUUCCUGUUCGUGCCCAACCUGAUCGGCUAUGCCCGCAUCCUGCUGGCCGCCGUCUCCUUCUGGCUGAUGCCGACCCGGCCGGGCCCUGCGGCCGCCUGCUACGGCCUGGCCGGACUGCUGGACGCUGUGGACGGACACGCGGCCAGAAUGCUCGGACAGGGGUCGCGGCUGGGCGCCAUGUUGGACAUGCUGACGGACAGACUGAGCUCGCUGUGCCUGCUGCUCAACCUGGCGCUGCUCUACCCGCAAUGGGCGGGGCUCUUCCAGCUCAGCAUGGCGCUCGACGUGGCCAGCCAUUGGCUGCACAUGCACUGCUCCACCCUCCAGGGGGCGUCGUCGCACAAGAACGUGGGGGGGGAGGGGCACCCCCUGCUGAGGCGCUACUACCAGAGCAGGCCCCUCCUCUUCCUGCUGUGCGCCGGAAAUGAGGGAUUCCAUUGCUGCCUGUACCUGCUGUACUGGGGAGAGGGCCCAGCACCACUUCCGGGCUGGCCGGGGCUGUUCCGGCUCCUCCUUUGGCUCUCGGCCCCAUUGGCCGCCCUCAAAUCCUUCCUGAACCUUCUGCAGCUGGGCGGGGCCCUGAGGGGCGUGGCCGCCCUGGACGCGGCCGAGCGGGCCCGGAAAGGCUCCUGAGCCCCGCCCACAACUUCCGGCCCCGCCCCCUCUGCAAAAAAAAAUCCCCUCCUCUGAAACCAAAGGGGCGUGGUCACAUCAAAGCUCCGCCCACAAUGGAAUAAAGAUGAUUUGGCCCCGCCCCCUUUGAUGGAUGUGGUUUGUAGGGGCGUGGUCACCACCAAGCUCCACCCACCAUGGAAUAAAGAUUAUUUGGCCCCGCCCCCACUUUUGUGGAUGUGGUUUGUAGGGGGCGUGGUCACCACCAAGCUCCGCCCACAAUGAAUUAAAGAUGAUUUGGGCCCCGCCCCCACUUUAUUUGGAUGUGGUCUAUGGGGGCGUGGUCACCACCAAUCUCCGCCCACAAUGGAAUAAAGACGAUUUGGCCCCGCCCCCCCUUUGUUGGAUGUGGUUUGUGGGGGGCGUGGUCACCACCAAGCUCCGCCCACAAUGAAUUAAAGAUUAUUUGGGCCCCGCCCCCACUUUUGUGGAUGUGGUUUGUGGGGGGCGUGGUCACCACUAAGCUCCGCCCACCAUGGAAUAAAGAUGGUUUGGCCCCGC